GUGAGUGUUGUUCCUCUUAUCUCGUCUAGUGGCCGUUCGGAGGGGCUCGUCCGAGCCGGGGCAGGAAAUAAGGCGUUGGAGCGAAACAAUUUGACAAGAAAUAAGACUUUCGUGCUCCAACCCCACCUGCUCGCGCCUCGCCUCCUCCUAGUUCAUAUCUGCUUCCCUUUUUGCUUGUUAUGUCCAUGUCGUCCGCGUCGUUGGACUCGGCGUCGUUGGCGUCCUCCCAGUCGGCGUCGUCUCCGUCGGCGUCGUCCGUAUCGGUGUCGUCCUUGUCGGUGUCGACAACUGCUACAAGCUCCGCGGCCAACUCAGGAGUAAUUGGUCCGGAUUCUUCCACAUCUUCCUCCAAUCUUGCAUCCACCUCUUCCUCCCAAUUCAUCUCAUCCUCGUCCUCUUCUGUAGCCCCCACAUUAUCCUCAUCUUCGGUACGAUCAAUCUCGAGUACUGACUCCUCCUCUUCCUCCUCAUCAGGUUCAUCCAGCUCGCCAACCCCAUCCAGCACGUCGACAACCACAACCACAUCGACAACGCCAACGUCAACCACACAUACCUCAACGUCCACUACCCCUACCUCUACCUCCUCCUCCACCACUCCCUCAAGUACACCCACUUCCACUGCUUCCUCAACUCCUAUUCCCACGUCAAGUAGUCCUCCACCUAACACUUCUUCGUCUACUUCAAAUCCUCCUUCGUCGUCAUCGACUCAGGCUGGUGGCUCGGGUAGCUCUGAAACUGGCUCAACAGCAACAUCAAGCAGUGCCAAUGGAUCCUCCUCUCAGGCCACACGCACAUCAUCAUCCCACUCUCUGUCUACCUCGUAUUCGACAUUCACGUCUACAAGCACCAGCGUUUUCACAGAUGCUGGAGGCUCUGUCGUCACCUCUGUGCAGACACUGACCGCGACUGCCACGAUCACGAGCGGCGCAUCCAUCGAUGCGACAAAGUCAAGCAAUCACACCGGCGCCAUCGUCGGAGGAGUGGUAGGAGGCGUGGGCGGAGCCCUCGUCCUGCUCGUGCUCCUCUUCUUCCUAUGUCGCCGCCAUCGCAAACGAGAUGACUUUGACGGCAACUUUGACCCCGAUCGUGUCGUGGGCCUGUCAGGAGGCCACGGUGUCGACCUUGCAGGCGCCGAUGAUGUCACGCCAUACACAUACAGUCCGAGCGCUCCGUCCGCGCCGGGCUCAGGCGCGGGCGCGGGCAACGAGGAGAUGCGUCAGCACGGCGAUGUCCCAGCCUUCCUGGCCGGCGGCCUCGCUGGCGCAGGUGCAGGCGGUGCGGCAGCAGCAACAGUCAGAGGCAGACAAUCCGUGAGCCCACCCGCGACGAGCGCGCCCUCGCAGUACUCGCAGUCUCAGUACGCGCCCACGUCGGAGCAGCACCAAGACUACGCUGGAUAUAGCAAUUACGCAAACCCACAGGGCUACGGCGGGUCCGUGAGCCCCGUACCGGCAGGUUACCCCGACUUCCGCCAGCCAUCGCCAGGCCCAUCGCUCGCGCAGACGAGCUCGAGCGGGCCGACUGGUUCGGGCGGCGUCGUGCUGCCAUCGAAUAAGGAGCGCGAGGCAAUGGCGCGCCGCGGUGGUAUGCAGAUUGCGAACCAGGAACCGGCACAGGUCGUGCAGCACCAGGAUGGCGGCCGGCUCGACGCGACGGAGGAGGAGGAGAACGUCUCGAACGAGGUCCCCCCACGGUACGACCAGAUACCUAGAGAUUAGGCGCCAUGCUUUGGCUAUAUUAAGUUAUUUGCGCGCGCUUGCUCUGCGCGCUUCGAGAUCAUGAAGGAUAUCCUGCCCGC